AAAAAACUGGCCUUAAUUAUAUCAAGAUAAUGCCCUGAUCCUUUGUAGAACUUGAAUCUUGUACCUAGAAAAAGGUGGGGUGGCUGAGCUGCAAAGGCAGCCUUUGGAGAGGAAGUAGUUAAAGCUGGCAGAGGAGUUUAGAGGAAAUUGAAUAAACCAGAGACAACAGCUCAUGAUUACCAUGAGAUUAAGCCAUUCCUUUCAGACUACAGGUAAAGACAGCAAACAGUAUUGCUGUGACUCUGGACUUUGACUUAUUCUCUCCUUCACUCCCAGUUUUAUUCUAGAAGAAACUGAGCUUGGUGUUUCCGAGAUCAGUUCUGAGAAAGAAACUAACUAAAAAUAGCCAAUUGCCAAAUUAUUACCUGAGGAUUCUGCUGUUGAUUUUCAACCUUUCCUAGGAAGAUGAACCCCGGACCCAAUCAUGGGAUGAAUCAUAUGGAGGAUAAUAGCACUAUGCCCCCCCACCAUCAUCCAUCUACUACAGCCUCCCACAUUCAUGGUGGGGGAGGAGGACACUCAAUGAUGAUGCCCAUGACCUUCUAUUUUGGCUAUAAGGAUGUGGAAUUGCUGUUUUCUGGAUUAGUGAUCAAUACACCUGGAGAAAUGGCUGGUGCAUUUGUGGCUGUCUUUUUGUUAGCAAUGUUCUAUGAAGGUCUGAAGAUAGCCCGGGAGAGCUUACUACGCAAGUCCCAGGUCAGCAUUCGCUACAACUCCAUGCCAGUCCCAGGGCCAAAUGGAACCAUCCUUAUGGAAACACACAAAACUGUUGGGCAACAGAUGCUGAGUUUCCCUCACCUUCUGCAAACGGUGCUGCAUGUCAUCCAGGUGGUCAUCAGCUACUUCCUCAUGCUUAUCUUUAUGACCUACAAUGGGUACCUCUGCAUCGCAGUAGCAGCAGGGGCUGGAACAGGCUACUUUCUCUUCAGCUGGAAGAAGGCAGUGGUAGUAGACAUCACAGAGCACUGCCAUUAAUGUCAGACUCUAGGAUGUGGCCUUAUUUUUCCAUGAUGGGAAAUAGUCGGAGAUUGGGGGAGUUGAUUUCAAGUCCUCCUAUUGUCCCUCCAUGGCCCCUUGCCUCCCAACACUUGCAUAGACAACAUAAUCAAGGAGGUUUACCUACUAACCUCCAAGCUGGAUGGUGCCCUCCCCAAACUGUUGAUUUCUCCUCCCAGGCUGAGAUCUUCAGUUCUUCACUAAUCAAGGUAGCCUUUUGUUCUAAUGAUUUCUUGAUCAUCUUCUUUUUUUAAUCUCUUGUGUUUUGUUUGUUUUUUUUUAAAUGACAAUUUCAUGGACAUUUGGAGGUCAUUUCUGGAUCUUAGAUGGAGACUGUGGGAAACUACUACCUACCGCAUAACACUAGAAAAUGUCUCCCAGUUGUUGGUCUGAGCGAGUGGAGGAAAGUGCCUUUGCCCAGGUGUGAAGUGAUGCAUGGCAUUCUGAGGAUUUGGAAAAGAAUUUAGGAGUUGAAUAAAGGCAUCCAGCAAAAAGAAGUGUCCCCUUACAUAGCAUCAAUCUAGCUUUUGCUACCAUUUACUUUUUUUAUUGUGAUCUCAUCAAUCACACAUUGACAAUCAACUUAAUAAUAGUAAAUAUCUUCAAAUAAAACCAUUCACAUCUAUUUGUCUUGUUCCCCCUCUGUGAAAUGAACAUUCUUGUCUCCUAGCUUUUCUUCUAAACUGGCAGUUGUUGGGUGGAGACCUGAGCACAAGAAUCUUCAUUCAUUAUCCAAGGAAGGCAGAAUUAAUAUAAAGCUGGUCUUCUAAACAAUGACAUAUCUCAGCUCAUUCUGCUGCUAGCCCCACCUGAGCCGACUACGUUUAAUCAGAUUGACUCCAGUCAGCAUAUGUCAGAUCGUUUCUCCUUUUUUCUCUGCUAGUAAAAUAGCAGUGGUUCUCGGAAGGAUCCUAAAAGUUGAGGUUUCCUCCUCUCCCCUCCUCCAGCUUGUUCUGUCACUAACUGCUGUGAGCACCAAUUAGUCCUAGCCAGUAGGGCAGUAGAUUAAUAUAUAAGCCCAACGUCUGUCUUUAUCCUUAGAGAGAUUUGGAAUAUGGUCUGGUUUUGAGCUGGGACAUCCUUUAGCUCCACCUCCACGUGACUAUCUUUAUUUCUAUUUGAGGACUUGAUGUAGAUUGCUUCUUGCCUAAAAGAAUGACCAUCAUGAUAGAUCUUUUCCCUGACUCUUUCUCAAAAGAGGUGCAUUUAAUUGUUCCUCUUUCCUGUUGAGCUUACUUCAUAAAGUCCAGACUACCUCUAUAAAGUGAAUCUUCCUGAGCUGGUCUAAUAGAUCCUUUCCUCCUUGGUGCUUGAUAUUCUCAUUAUGUGCUAGGGCAAAAUUGACAAAGUACAACUGCUCUGGUGGUUUUUAAGCCUGCUCUUCAUAGAAAGUUCUGCACCCCUGUGGCAUGGAAAGCAGAGGAGGCAAUGCUGGCCUCACUACAGUGGAAAGAGCUGAGGUUUAAUUUGGUUCAUGUCCCAGCUCUGCCACAUAUCACUAAUUUGGUUUUAGGCAAGUCACUAAGCCUUCAUCUGUAAGUCAGAUGACUGAAGGUCCCUUCCAGCUCUAAAUCUAUGAUCCUAUAAUCUUAAAAUACUUAGCAAUGACUUGUAACCCAGGACUGUUCCAGCAUGUACUUGUAGCUCUUCCAGGUUACUUGGUUCCCAAAAUCUUCAUUAACUUACUUUGGCUUCACUCUCAGCCCAGUCAGCUAAUUAUAAAUGCUAAAUAAAGAAAAUUCACUUUGGCAGUUUAUAUAGUAGAUCCAAACAGGUGACUCCCAAAAGGCCAAGGAGUAAGUUAUUGAUCGUCUUUGGAAGUAACCAUAUUUUCCUCAGUUUUCUCUACUUAGUAUCAUAAACUUUAUUGCCUAUUGUGGGUUAUUAUCCAUGCUUAGCAGCAGAGUUAAAUGAAAAACAAGAUUUUUUUUAUAGUUCUGUCUGGUAAAAAUCAGCUCCCUGAAAAACCACAUAGAAGUGCCUGUGACUGGAGACUAUACCCCAGCACUCUCUGCCCACCAGCCAGUACCUAUUGCUAUUCAUGGUACCUUCCAUUCCCUUGUAAAAGCCACGGGGGAUGAUUAUUGAGGGUUGUGAGUCCCUAGGAUUAAAGUUGGGCUAGAGAGCCAGAGAUAGUUGGUGCUCUGUAAUUAUCUCAUAUUUACAUUGCUGGGAUUCAAAUCAGCUGAGUAUGUGCCAAGCAUGUAAUAAUAAUUUACCAAGGAGACCUCCAGAGUCCAACGCUAAGGAUUUAACAGCCAAUAAUCUGACACUAAUGUCAAGGAAUAAUAAAACUCUAAUAAUAAUGACCAGAGUGCUGAAAUAAGAACCAAUGAUUUCAGUUUUAGCCCUGUUGCUUUCUAGGAGUUUUGGUGUUGACAGGGAGAUAAGGGACCAAGUCCAGUGGAGCAAACAUUGUAUUUAAAGUUCCCAGAGAAAAAAAACAUUCUCUGGCUUCAGUUUCUUGGUGAAAUUUAUGCUAUCCAGGGUAUAGUGAUUUUUGUGUGCGUGUGAAAAGUUUGUUAUUUUGAAGGAUUCAGCAAAAAAUGAUUAUUGGAAUGUCUGUGGAUUUGGAUUGUGGUGAUUUAAUAGCCCAUAGCCCAGCAUUUACUACCUUGUUUCAACCCUUGCUCAUUAGUAUUCUAUACCAUUAAUUUCUCCUCAUACUUUUGUUUGACUCUUCACCCUUUCAAUUCCUACCCAUUGUUAUCCUUGCCCAUACAGCUCAGAAUGGGUAGAGUAUUGACGUGUGUGGCUCCUCCUAUAAGUACAGGUCGAAACUGUCCCCUACUAUACUUCAUCAAAUUUGCCUCUUGAGUUAGUGCUUAAUGACUGUGAACACCAGCUGUGGUUCCUAAGAGUUAAUGGAGACCUCUGGGUACGGGUGUUUAAAAAGCUCUGUGCCUGAGCUGGAGUUGAAAAACUGAAUCACAGCUAUGUAUCUAUAGACAUAAAUCUUAGCCCUGGGCUUUUUUUGUGAGUUCCAGGUGUUCCUUCUCCCUCAGAACCUGGUAUAGUGCCUUGCACAUAGUACUAGGACUCCAAAUAUUUCUUGAGUGAGUGAAUGAAUGAAAGAUUAGAAUGCUGGUGAGCUGUAUGGUAGAUGCAGAGAGUGGCAACCCCAUGGCCAUUGUGGAAAGGGAGGUAGCCAGAGGAUCCUUAGCCUGAUUCUGCCCAUUAGCAUGGAGUUCUUAAUGAGUCAUUGUGAACUAUAGGGGUACAGAUUAAGGUUUUAUCAUCGAGCCUGUAGGAGUAUUAGGUUCCCUUUCCACUUGGAGGUGCUACUGUGGGAUUCCUUUUGUCAACCUCCUUAUGCUGGAGAGCUACUCUAGCUACCAAAGGGCUCCUCACUGAAUAUAUGGUCACCUGAAGAUGCAGCCACUUUUCUCCCUCCUCUCAUUUUGAUCCUGUCCUCUCUCAUGCUUCCUUCAGUCAGAUAUAUCAACAGGAACAAAAAAAAAUCCUCAUUUUACAAAAUGCCUUAUUCGUUGUGUCUACAUUGGUAUUGUCCAUUUUAGAUUGUAAGCUCCUUGAGGGCAGUUUUGCUGUUACACAGUAUUGCUGUAGAGUGCCUAACAGUGCCAUGUACAAAGAAACACAUAAUAAAUAUUUUGAUUCUG